UUGCCUGCAUUAUAAUUCUGAUAGGUUUCCUGUGGUUGGGACCAAAUUAAAAUAAGAAUGGCUUCCUCUGACUCUUUGAGGAAUCCAUUCCAGACUGAUUUUGAUUUUGUUGCUGUGGAGAGUGUGCAGGAGCUUGCACUAAACAAACCCAACGACAUUCCCCAGAGAUACAUCAGAUCGGAAGAUGAAAGGCCGUCUUCAACACCACUUUCUUCUCUCUCGACAGUUCCUGUAAUCGACAUGGAAAAGCUUCUCUUGCCCUCUGACAACCAUGAAAGACACAAGGAGAUGGGCAUUCUUUCUAAGGCCUGCAUAGAGUGGGGCUUCUUUCAGAUUGUGAACCAUGGAAUUCCACAUUCUGUGGUAGAUCGCAUGAGAGGAGUGACGAAUGAAUUCUUUAGUCUUUCCUUAGAAGAGAAGAAAAAGUAUGCUCCACAAGCAGGAGAUUCUCAAGGCUAUGGUAAUAUGUUUGUGGUUGAUGAAGAUCAAAAGUUGGACUGGGGUGACUCCAUGGCUUUGGCUCUUAUGCCUAAGAAACUUGUCAAGUUCUCUCUGUGGCCAGCAACACCGUCGGAUUACAGAAAUACAUUACAGAGUUACACAACUCAAGUGGAAAGGGUAGCUCAGAUGAUCCUUAGUCUAUUUGCUGAAAACUUACAAUUAAACAAUGAUUAUUUUAAAGAAAAGUUUGGAGAAGAUCCAAUGAUGGCAGUAAGGAUGAAUUUGUAUCCACCUUGCCCUAGGCCUGAUCUAGUGUUGGGGUUAAGCCCUCAUUCAGAUGGUGGUGCCAUAACACUUUUACUUCAAGAUGAACAAAUAGAAGGCCUUCAAGUUCGCAAGAACAACGAAUGGGUUCCUAUUCAACCCAUUCCUUAUGCCCUAGUUGUUAAUAUUGGUGACCUAAUAGAGGUGAUGACAAAUGGAAUCUACAAGAGUAUAGAACAUCGCGCGGUGACAAACAAAGAGAGGACAAGGUUAUCCAUCGCUAUGUUUUAUUAUCCAGGCUUAGAUGAUGAAGUGGCUCCUGCAAGCAACCUUGUCGAUGAAGAACACCCCUCGUUAUAUAGGAAGUUCAAGCACCAAGAAUAUAUGCACUAUUACAUGAAUACAAAACUCAAUGGAAAAAAUUCAUUGGCUAGCUUUUCCAAAAUAUGUGAAUAGUAUUCAAUAUCACUAGUUAGUAUGGUAAGCAUCAAAGGAGAAACAAAUAAAUAUAUGAAGAAUAAUACUUGGAAUAGAUGGUCAUUCCAUUUAUGUACAAAAAUACUAAGGAAAACAAUAAUCAUGAUAUGUUUCCUUUGGUUUUUAGGAUAUAUAUUGUUAUAGGUACAAUAUAAAAUGCAUCAUUUUAUAUGAUGUAAUAAACAUUAUCAUGAAUAUGAGGAAAAGACAUGCUCCUAGAGUACAUAUGAGUUAUUUAUUUCUCUCAAAUUUCUUAUCUAUGAAUACUAUGCUUGG